AAUAAAUAUUUAUGCUAUUCUGUAUCACAGAUGUGAGCAUGACCUCCAGAGCACGGGCAACAGAGUACAAGAAAACAUACCACACUGUUUUUAGUAAGUUAUUAGUGAGCUUGAGCUGGAGGGGACUGGGGCACAGGGGAUUUGCAUUUUUUAUCAGUCCAACCUGUUACAGCUAGCAUGUAUUACUUUUGUAUUUUUUUUUUAAAUCCACUAAAGUGGGAGAAAAGGAGUUAGAGAAAAGGAAGGGGUCUGCCCUCAACUCACCAGCUGCUAGGAAGGAAUGGGGAAGAGGGCUUAGGCAGGGCAGAGGCCCCAGGAGAGUCUUCUGCCCCAACAGGUGAUCUCAAGCCACUGAGUGGCCCUGGACCUGAGAGUCCCUCCGGCGCAGAAUGGAGCUGCCAGUGUCACCCAGUGCAAAACCUGUUGCUUGCUACCAAGGACAGAUUUGAGUUUGAGUCCCAGUGGCCCUUGUGUGACAUUAUGGGCCAGACAUCUUGUAAGGACCCGACCCUUAUCAAUCCACAUAAUUCCUUAAUUCACGUCAACCUUAUGAGUCAGGUACUUUACAUUAUUAUCCCUGUUUUGUAGGUAGAGAAAACUGAGGUACCAAAACCUCACUUGCAGGAGAUCAGACACUGGAAUGUGGCCAGAAUUCAAAUGCAGGCAGCCUGGCUCUGAAUCCAGGCUGUGGACCACCAGGCUCACCUAUGUCCCCCUGUCUCACCAAGGAGACUUCCCCUCUCCCCACACCAGUGUCCUCAAGUGUGAAACGGGCUUCCCACCACUCAACAUCUUCAGUUUGCUGCAGGGGUUACAUGACUGUGGGCUUGGGCCUGGGAGAAGUGUUUUCAAAAUGGGAGCUUUGGAUUCUUAAAUACAGAGACCAAACUGGCAGGAGGGGAAGUGGUGGGGGUGGAGAGGUGGGUGAAGUAGAUAAAGGGGAUUAAGAGGUACAAACUUCUAGUUAUAAAACAAGUCACAGAGAAGUACAGCAUGGGGAAUGUAGUCAACAGAACUGCUAUUGCAUUGUUUGGUGACAGAUGGGGGUCACACUUAACAGGGUGAGCACUAACUAAUGUACAAAGCUGUCAAAUCACUGUUAUACACCUGAAACUAAAUACAAUUGUAUGUUAAUUAUCCUUCAAUUAAAAAAAGAGAGAGAAGAGCCUUUGUUACCCUGGUGCCUCCAGGAGGAAGAGAGAUGGAGGGGCGGCAGUGAUCCUGGUGAGUUGUCCAAAGCCCCACUGAGAGGAGAGACAAAGCCUGGCAGGGAGCCAGGCCCUUGCUCUUCCAGAAACCACAGGGUUAGUGGCCGGGUCCGUGCACCCCUCCCCACCCUGACUCUCAGCUAGAAGAAAGGCCCCUGGGUUUGCCGCAGGCUCCCCACUUCCUCACUUCACCACACCGCAUCCUGUUGCGGUCGUGCUAGAGAAGGAAGUGGAAUCUGGAGUUCAGUGUGACCUGCCCUUCCUGCUGGGGUGUGAAGCAAGGCCCUCCCCUACCAUGCCAGGCCCCAGGGGAUAAAGGUGGCCCAGCCAGCCACGAACUCCUAUCCAUCCCUGCGUGCCUCGCCUGCCAUGUCCACCCCCGGUGUGCUGCUCACCUGGGCUCUCCUCGCUCUUCUUGGACUCGGACUCGGAGUGCCUGGAGAAGACCCCUUAAACUCCUGCUGCUGCCCCAUCGUUCCCCGGAGAGAGUGGAGGGCCCCGGUGUCCAGAUGCACUGAGAAGCUACAACUGCCAGUGCGCAACGUGGUGGUGUCGCACACAGCUGGCAGCCACUGCAACAGCCCGGCCUUGUGCCUGAUGCAGGUGCAGAACGUGCACAGCUACCACACGAAGUCACUCAACUGGUGUGAUGUAGGCUACAACUUCCUGAUUGGAGAAGAUGGGCUCGUGUAUGAGGGCCGGGGCUGGGACACCAAGGGUGACCACACAGGUGUCAACUGGAACCCCAUCUCCAUUGGCAUCUCCUUCAUGGGUAACUAUAUGGAGCGGUCCCCCCCACCCCGGGCCCUCAGGGCGGCCCAGAGUCUGCUGGCUUGUGGUGUGGCUCAGGGAAAACUGAACCCCAGAUACCAGCUCAGAGGACACCGGGAUGUGCAGCAGACACUCUCUCCAGGAGACCGACUCUAUGAAAUCAUCCAGACGUGGCCACACUACGUCGACUGAGACCCUGCCUAUCUCCUCCACACCCAGAAACCCCUCCACCACCACCCCUCCAAUAAAGGUGCAGCUCAAACUGUGUUUCUGUGUUCCACGUGCCUCCUCUCCUUCUCUACUUCCCACAAGACCCCAGCUCUCCCCAUCCACCCUGGGCCCAGCACUCUGUCCUCGCUGGUGCUCAUAACCCAGAGGCCCCGACCCUGAACCAAGACCCCAGAGAUCCCAGCUUGGAAGGAACAUCACAGCUCAGAACCCAGAGGUCUCAGGUCAGAGCGCAGGAAUCAGCACCAGGUCAGCCCAGAUGUCACUGACAGCAGCUCCUGGGGUCCUGUGGGGCAUGGGCCAUGCUCCAAGACACCCCUUCUCUACCACUCAGCCAGAGAGAGCCCAUGCAACAUCUCUGCUUAGAGCUGCUCGCUACUGCCCCUCAUGGCCCCUCUUUCAUUGCUUUAGAUCCUAUGGAAGCUUUGCCUGACCCUGAACCCCAAAAUGCCUCCCAGUC